AUGGAUUUCUCCGAGCUUCCCAAGAUCGGGGAUGCGGAAAAGGAGAGUGAAUUGGGGUUUGUCCAUGGCGUCUCUGGGCCUGUGGUGAUUGCCUGCAAGAUGGCGGGUGCAGCGAUGUAUGAGCUGGUCCGUGUUGGCCAUUUUGAGUUGGUAGGCGAGAUAAUCCGUCUGGAUGGAGAUCUGGCCACCAUCCAAGUGUACGAGGAGACCUCGGGAGUCUGUGUAGGGGAUCCCGUGCUGCGAACGGGGAAGCCGCUCUCCGUGGUUCUUGGGCCUGGGAUCAUGGGCUCCAUCUUUGACGGGAUCCAGCGCCCCCUGAAGGACAUCACCGAGAUUACCAAGAGCAUCUACAUUCCCCGGGGCAUCAACAUCUCCGCUUUAUCCCGAGACCUGAAGUGGGACUUUAAGCCGAGUUCCAACAUCCGGGUUGGGAGCCAUUUAACCGGAGGGGACAUUUAUGGGGCGGUUCAUGAAAAUUCCCUCAUCAAGCAUCUGAUCAUGGUGCCCCCCCGAAGCCGUGGCACCGUCACCCACGUGGCCCCAGCUGGGAACUACGACAUUUCGGAUGUAGUUUUGGAGCUUGACUUUGAAGGAGUCAAGGAGAAACUGACCAUGAUGCAAGUUUGGCCCGUCCGGCAGAUCCGUCCGGUGUCCGAGAAGCUUCCGGCCAAUCACCCACUGCUUACCGGCCAGAGGGUCCUAGACGCGCUCUUUCCGUGUGUCCAAGGUGGCACCACAGCCAUCCCAGGUGCCUUUGGAUGCGGGAAGACGGUCAUCUCCCAGUCUCUGUCCAAGUACUCCAACAGUGAUGUCAUCAUCUACGUGGGUUGCGGAGAGCGUGGAAACGAGAUGUCGGAGGUGCUCAGGGACUUUCCCGAGCUCACCAUGGAAGUAGAUGGGAAGACGGAAACCAUCAUGAAAAGGACCUCGCUGGUGGCCAAUACCUCCAACAUGCCCGUGGCUGCUCGGGAGGCCUCCAUUUACACAGGAAUCACCCUCUCGGAAUAUUUCCGGGACAUGGGAUACCAUGUUAGCAUGAUGGCCGACUCCACCUCCCGCUGGGCGGAAGCCCUUCGUGAGAUUUCUGGCCGUUUGGCUGAAAUGCCUGCAGACAGUGGGUACCCAGCCUACCUGGGCGCCCGCUUGGCGUCCUUCUAUGAACGGGCCGGCCGUGUCAGGUGCCUGGGAAGCCCUGAGCGAGAGGGAAGCGUCAGCAUCGUCGGAGCGGUGUCCCCUCCUGGCGGGGAUUUCUCGGAUCCCGUCACCUCUGCAACUCUGGGGAUUGUCCAGGUCUUCUGGGGCCUGGACAAGAAGCUGGCCCAGCGGAAGCACUUCCCCUCCGUCAACUGGCUGAUCAGCUACAGCAAAUACACGCGGGCGCUGGACGAGCACUACGAGCGGCUCUACCCAGAGUUCAUCUCCCUGCGAACGAAGGCCAAGGAGAUCCUGCAGGAGGAGGAGGACCUGGCCGAGAUUGUCCAGCUGGUGGGAAAGGUAGGAGGUCAGAGGCACAAGGGCCGGAAGGGGCCUGAGAGGUUCUGCCCUUUCUACAAGACGGUGGGCAUGCUACAGAACAUGAUCACUUUUUAUGAGCUGGCCCGCCACGCCGUGGAGUCCACAGCCCAAUCGGAGCACAAGAUCACCUGGGCCGCCAUACGGGAGAACCUGGGCGACAUCAUGUACAAGCUCAGCUCCAUGAAGUUCCAGGACCCAGGAAAGGAUGGCGAGGCCAAGAUAAAAGCCUGCUACGCUCAGCUGAAUGAAGAGAUGCAGAACGCCUUCCGUAACUUGGAGGACUGA